GUUCCCAGUGUCCUACCUUUGCGUGCAUGCCGGCUCUGUUCAGCUUGUCCGUCGCAAAUGGGAAGCGCCAGGGCUUCAGAAUCACACGAGCCCUGACUCCUACCACCCCUUGUGGCCUCUCUCAGCCUGUUUUCCACUUCUGUACACGGAGAAGAGUGAGACCUGCUUGGCCGCAUGUAAACUAGUGAACGUACCUGGAAGACAUAAGACGCUUAUUAGGGAGUAUGUUUCCUGUUCACCUCCUCAACGUGAAAGUCUCUGGCUUCUUAAGGACAGGACUCAGGAUUCUCGUGUCCGCCUAUGGGUCUCUUGGAAGCAGGCUUCUUUUCCGUUCCAGGGCUCCCUUCUGUGGCACUUGGCGGACAGCUGCGGUUCUCCAAUGCUGGAUGCAAUUGACGCUGCCCAUCCGCUGCCCUGGAAAUUAUUGUGUAGGGUAGUAAUUUCUAAGAGAAAAUCCGGUUUACUCUAGGGCCCUUUUACCAUUUCCGUGACCUCUUUGUGUUACCAGUGACAGCCUCUGUGACCCUAUGUGGCCUUCACCGGGCUCCCCGUCACGGCUUCUAUACAACCUAUGAUAUAUUCCUUGAGUCCCCGUGACCCCUGAGCUCCGGUCUUUUUACAGACCCGCAGAGGCGAUGGCAAUGCUGUCGGGCACCCAGGCAGCGGCAGCAGAAAGCGAGGACGCGGAGCUACGGUGCCGCGUGGCUGUGGAAGAGCUGAGCCCGGGAGGGCAGCCGCGAAGGCGCCAGGCGCUACGCACCGCGGAGUUGAGCCUGGGUCGUAACGAGCGCCGGGAGUUGAUGCUUAGGCUGAAGGCGCCGGGACCCGCGGGGCGGCCGCGCUGCUUCCCCUUGCGCGCUGCGCGCCUUUUCACGCGCUUCGCAGCGAUGGGGCGCAGCACUCUAAGGCUCCCGGCCUAUGGCGCUUCCCCGGCCGGCGCUGUGCAGCUGCUGCUCUCCGACUGCCCUCCAGACCGCCUGCGCCGCUUCCUGCGUACGCUGCGCCUCAAGCUGGCCGCGGCCCCGGGUCCCAGGCCAGCCUCCGCCCGCACUCAACUUCUUGGCCCAAGGCCCCGCGACUUCGUCACCAUCAGCCCGGUGCAGCCCGAGGAGCUGCGGCGCGCGGCGGUCACCCGGGUCACGGACACCACGCCAGUGAAACUGCCCACGGAGCCCCGGGUGGGGGCCAAGUCCAACACCGAAACCUCAAGGUGGCCCCUGCCUGUGAAGAGGCUGAGCUUGCCCCCCACCAAACCACAGCUCUCCAAGGAACAGGCUGCUGUGCUGAAGGUUGUCCUGAAAGGCCAGAGCAUUUUCUUCACUGGCAGUGCAGGGACGGGGAAGUCUUAUCUGCUGAAGCGAAUCCUGGGCUCACUUCCUCCCACAGGCACGGUGGCCACUGCCAGUACUGGGGUGGCAGCCUGCCACAUCGGGGGCACUACCCUCCAUGCCUUUGCAGGCAUCGGCUCAGGACAGGCUCCCCUGGCCCAGUGUGUGGCCCUGGCCCAGCGGCCAGGUGUGCGGCAGGGUUGGCUGAACUGCCAGCGGCUGGUCAUUGAUGAGAUCUCCAUGGUAGAGGCAGACCUAUUUGACAAGCUGGAAGCCGUGGCCAGAGCUGUCAGGCAGCAGGACAAGCCAUUCGGAGGCAUCCAGCUCAUCAUCUGUGGGGACUUCCUGCAGCUGCCACCUGUAACCAAGGGACCCCAGCCCCCACAGUUCUGCUUCCAGGCCAAGAGCUGGAGGAGGUGUGUCCCAGUGACCCUGGAGCUGACCGAGGUGUGGAGGCAAGCGGACAAGACCUUCAUCUCUCUGCUGCAAGCUGUGCGGCUGGGCAGGUGCUCAGAUGAGGUCACCCGCCAGCUCCGGGCCACAGCUGCCCACAAGGUGGGGCGAGAUGGCAUUGUGGCCACGAGGCUCUGCACGCACCAGGAUGACGUGGCACUUACUAAUGAGAAGCGGCUGCAGGAGCUACCAGGUGAGCUACACAGCUUUAAGGCCAUGGACAGUGACCCUGAGCAAGCCCGGACCCUGGAUGCCCAAUGUCCUGUUGGCCAGCACCUUCAUCUAAAGCUGGGAGCUCAAGUGAUGCUGGUGAAGAACUUGGCAGUGUCCCAGGGCCUGGUGAAUGGAGCCCGAGGGGUGGUAGUCGGGUUUGAGGCUGAGGGGAGAGGGCUGCCCCAGGUACGGUUCUUGUGUGGAGUCACUGAGGUCAUCCGUGCUGACCGCUGGACCGUGCAGGCCAGUGGGGGCCAGCUCCUCAGCCGGCAGCAGCUGCCUCUCCAGCUAGCCUGGGCAAUAUCCAUCCACAAGAGCCAGGGCAUGUCCCUGGAUUGCGUGGAGAUCUCUCUGGGCCGUGUGUUUGCCAGCGGCCAGGCCUAUGUGGCCCUUUCCCGGGCCCGCAGCCUGCAGGGCCUGCGUGUGCUAGACUUUGAUCCCAUGGUGGUUCGCUGUGACCCCCGUGUGCUGAGAUUCUAUGCUACCCUGCGGCAGGACAGGGGCCUCAGCCUGGAGUCCCCACAUGACAAUGAGGCAGCAUCAGACCAGGAAAAUGUGGACCCGAACCUUUGAUCUGCAAAACGAAGACAGAGAGUGGUCUCCCUCUCCUCCUGGCCCAGGGGAUAUCAGGGGAGAGUAGUCAGUAGUCUCCCUUUGUUGGGGGCUCUCAGCUUCCUGGCAGGGCUCAGGGAGGGUGCUUUCCUCCCAUUUGCCAGCUAUGCCUCGGUUUCUCUCCUGGCUUCCAGGGUCAGGAGCUGGCAGUGGGCCCAUGGGGGAAGCUGGUGUUAUAGGACAGAGCUCUGUGCGAGGGCCGGCCUCAGUGCCCCAGGGUUGUGAAUGCCACUUCCUUUGGGCUGCAGAGGGGGAGAGGUGGCCAAAUAGGUGCUCCUGGAGCAGGAACAGGCUGUGGGGUCAUGGCGGGGGACUCAGGCUGAAUACAGGCCCAAAGCAGAGGAGGGAACCAGGGGGAAUCUUCACUGCUAGACCCAGCCCAGCACAAGACAGGACGAACUCCCUCCUGAGCCUAACCUGAGAAUGGGUGCUACGAAGUCCACCUGUCUUAAGCUGCUUUUUCUGGGAAGAAAUCAGGUGUGGGAGUAUUGAAGUGGAAGUUCUCAGACUGUAUUUGUUUAGUGCAAAUAAACUUGUGGGUUGUAUGAGG